CUCAACCCCCACGUCUUCCGUGCCCGCGGCUCGCUGGAGUCCGUUUCCAUGGACAUAACCCACAACCUGGUUCCUGAGGCUGGCACUUGGUCCGAAGUCACACUCUGUGAAGGGCACAGAGGCAGGGAGCCAUACCCACCCCGAGGAUACUGAGGUCCGAAGAAGAUGCUGGUGGCAAGCAGGAGGAGGAAGUGCCACUGCUGUCGACCACCGCUGGCUCUGGAGCCAUCCCAGCCGUUGGGUUGUGUAAGAAGUCCGGGAACACGGUGGACCUCUGCCAGCCAGGCUCCAUUUCCAAACGAAACCGCAGGACCUUAUCCUUUCUCUUUUCUUCCCCCAAGUCCACCAGGAGCCGUUCAGGCUGCCCAGAUCGUGGGUGGGCGCGAGGCUCGGCCCCAUUCUCGGCCUUAUGCGGCCUCCCUGCAGCUGACCAGGCUCCCCGGGAGCCACUUCUGUGGUGGCACGCUGAUCCAUCCCAGAUUCGUGCUGACGGCUGCCCACUGCCUGGAGGACAUCCCCUGGCAGCUCGUGACGGUGGUGCUGGGUGCCCACGACCUGCAGAGCCCCGAGCCCGAGCAGCAGAGGUUCACGAUCACUCAGGUCUUCCAGAACAACUACAACUCCGAGGAGCACCUCAACGACGUGCUGCUGGCUCAGCUGAACCGGCCAGCCUCCCUGGGCCAGCAGGUGGCCGUGGCCUCUCUGCCUCAGCAGAACCAGUCUUUGCCCCAGGGCACCCAGUGCCUGGCCAUGGGCUGGGGCCGCCUGGGCACCAACGCGCCCACGCCGCGUGUGCUGCAGGAACUGAACGUCACGGUGGUCUCCUUCCUGUGCAGGGAACACAACGUGUGCACGCUGGUGCCACGGCGGGCAGCGGGCAUCUGCUUCGGAGACUCGGGCGGCCCCUUGAUCUGCAAUGGCGUCCUUCAGGGGGUCGACUCCUUCGUGAUCCGAGAAUGCGCCUCCCUCCAGUUCCCGGAUUUCUUCGCCCGGGUGUCCUUGUAUGUGGACUGGAUUCACUCCAUCCUGCGGGGCGCAGGGCCCUGAGCUGCCCUUCUGUGCUCCAAGACAGCCUACCCAACUCUCCUGAAUAAAAGCUGAGACGU